CUCUCUCUCUCUCUCCCUUGCUUUUUCAAAAAGCAACAAUCCAACGCCCUCUCUUUCUAUCUCUCUUUGUUUGCAUAUUCUCUUCCUACAGACUCUCUCUCUCUCUCUCGUUCUCUCUCUCUCCGUCAUCAUGCCUAGUGGAUGAUCGAGUUGAAGGGCUCUGCCGUGCAUCUGAUCCAUCCAAGAAUCUUCAAUUCUAAGCUCUCCAUUAUUUGUAUUCCCACUUAUUUUUCAUCAUCUAGUAGUUGGUCUGUCAUAAUGACGAGGGUGAGCCGUGAUUUUGGUGACACCAUGCAAAAAGAUGCCGUCCCGGCAGUAUCUGCGGAUGUGAUGUUUAAUUCUAGUCGUUUUCCAAAUUACAAAAUUGGAGCUAACAAUCAGAUUGUGGAGUCGAAGGAUGACCCUAAAGUACUAUCCAUGAAGGAAGUUGUCGCCCGUGAGACUGCACAACUGUUGGAACAACAGAAACGCCUCUCGGUUCGUGACCUCGCAAGUAAAUUUGAGAAGGGGUUGGCUGCUGCUGCUAAGUUGUCUGAAGAGAAUAGACUGAGGGAAGCAGCUUCAUUGGAGAAACACGUUCUUCUGAAGAAGCUUAGAGAUGCACUGGAAUCCCUAAAGGGGCGUGUGGCUGGUAGAAACAAGGAUGAUGUAGAGGAAGCUAUCUCUAUGGUGGAAGCUUUAGCAGUUCAGCUGACUCAAAGAGAAGGGGAGUUGCUACAAGAAAAGGCAGAAGUGAAGAAACUAGCAAAUUUUCUUAAGCAGGCUUCAGAAGAUGCUAAAAAACUGGUUGAUGAGGAAAGAGCUUUUGCUCGUGCUGAAAUUGAAACUGCCAGAGCAACAGUACAGAGAGUAGAAGAGGCUCUUCAGGAACAAGAACGUUUGUCUCGGGCUUCUGGAAAGCAGGACUUGGAAGAAUUGAUGAAGGAAGUUCAAGUGGCUAGACGAAUUAUAAUGCUGCAUCAGCCAAGCAAGGUUAUGGAUAUGGAACAUGAGCUUCGAGCAUUAAGAGCACAGCUUGCAGAGAAGUCUAAGCAUUCUCUUCUGCUUCAGAAAGAGCUGGCAAGGAGCAAGAGGGUUGUGGAGAAUGGUUCCCAGAUAUUUGAAUUAGAUGGGCAUGAAGCUUUAGGUUCAUACUUGAGGAUUCAACCUUGCUCUGAUAAUGCUCCAGAACUUUUUAAAUGCUCGAUUCAGUGGUAUCGUGUAUCAGCAGAAUUUGGAAAGAAGGAGCUUAUAUCUGGAGCUACCAAAUCCGUUUAUGCUCCUGAGCCUUUUGAUGUUGGAAGGAUCUUGCAAGCUGACAUUGUUUCAGAAGGACAGCAAAUCACAUUGACAACUGCUGGUCCUAUUGAUCCAGCUGCUGGUUUGGGAAGCUAUGUGGAGGCACUUGUACGGAAACAUGAUGUUGAAUUCAAUGUAGUUGUUACUCAAAUGAAUGGUGCAAAUUACCCAUCAGAAUCCAUUCAUGUGCUUCAUGUGGGAAAGAUGAGGAUAAAACUCUGUAAAGGAAAGACAACAAUUGCUAAAGAAUACUAUUCCUCUGCAAUGCAGCUAUGCGGAGUUAGAGGGGCUGGGAAUGCUGCAGCAGCAUUGUUUUGGCAAGCAAAGAAAGGACUUUCCUUUGUAAUAGCCUUUGAAUCGGAGAGACAAAGGAAUGCAGCUAUUUUGCUGGCCCGGAGGUUUGCUUUUGACUGUAAUAUCAUCCUAGCCGGACCAGAUGACAGAGCUCCUUUGGGAACCUAACUGACUUCCGAGGAUCGCGUUUUCACUAAGUUAUAAUUAUUUUGAGUUUUUCCGCAUAUCAUGUAUUAUAUGUUUGCAAUAGUAUAGUUGGCGUUGUAUAAUGGUGAGAUGGGGUUCCAUUUUUUGUUUUCUUUUGAUUCUUUUGAUCUUUUCUUCUCCAACAAGGCAUUUUUUUUAUUUGCCGUUGUCAACAAUCAUUUGAAGAAUGACUGCACUGCUGCUCAUUGUAAAAAUCUUUAACACAUUACUUGAGGUAUUGAAUGAUUGAUAUA